AAACCUUCUGGAAGCCCUGCCCCACCGCGCCAUGACGACCAUUCAAGCACCCGCGCCACCUUUAUAAACGCCGGCCGGCUUCUUAUCCCCCGCCGCUGCCGAUCGAUUCUCCCCGCGCCACAAAAAGAACUCGUAACCAUGGAGGAGAGAACCCUCCAAACCAACCAACAGGAAGGCCCCACCACCUCCAUAGAGGCGCCCUCGCCGCCGCAAGUGCCCUUCUCCGACGACGCCCCCGCGCUUUACUCGGGGGACGAGACCGACGAGGGGGAGCUCGAGUUCGAGUUCGAGUUCCCGUUCGUCAGCAGGGACUCCCCAGCGGGCACCGCCGCCCCGGCCGACGAGCUGUUCGCCGAUGGGCGCAUCAGGCCGUUCUACCCGGUGUUCAGACGCGGCGCUGUCCAUGGCCGCGACGGCACGGGAGAGUCCGCUCCGGGGGCGCCGCGGAUAAGGGGACAACUGGGACGGCUCUUCCUCGAGGAGUCGCGCGCGCGCAGCUCGUCGACGUCCACGGCGUCGGAAGAUGGCGAGGACGGCCUGGAGGGGGCGCCGCCGGAGAGCUACUGCCUGUGGACGCCCGGCUCCGUCUCCUCCGCGCCGGCGUCGGCGUCGUCCUCCCCACGGCCGCCCAGGAAGAGCGGCUCCACGGGGUCCAUGGCGCGGUGGCGCCGAAUUAGCGAGCUCGUCGUCGGCCGCAGCCACAGCGACGGCAAGGAGAAGUUCCUGUUCCUCCCCACGCCGCCCCACGAGGCGCCCAGGCCCAAGAACAAGCCGAAGCCAGCGUGCGGCAGGAAGGCUUCCUCCUCCGCGGCCUCAGAGGUCGACACGGUGACCGCCGCCCGCCGGAUCGCAUACAUCGCGAAGGGCGGCGGCGGCGGCACGCCGCGGCGCACGUUCUUGCCGUACCGGGAGGAGCUCGUGGGCUUCUUCGCCAACGUGAACGGCAUCAGCCGGAGCCACCACCACCCGUUCUGACUCCCGAGGCGCGUGCAAAUUAAUCAGCUAUCCUAAUUUGAAAUUUGAUGCUUGCAUUUGCGAUCAAAUUCUACUCGUGUGUGGUUAGCGCUUCAUUGGGUAGGGUAAUGACGAGCUUAGUGAUUGAUUAAGCUCGCGAUGCAGAAUGAGUAGGACAGUGUGGAGCUGGGAGAUGCGGCGUGGCCUUCUUCAUGACCUUGUUCAGCUAGCUAAGUGUACAGUAUAUUGUGCUACGUGGCGAGCGCAAAGCAUCUAUUUGUGUUUUAGAGUUACUCAAAAAUAAACGUACUCAUAUUUCUGGGUAAUCAAUAAAGCACUCUCUUUUCGCAAAAAAAUAUCAUCCAGAAGUGGUUUUCGUGCAA